GUCGCCGAGCGUAGCGUCAUCACGUCCAGGUCGGACACGCGCGUGCUGUGUUUGGCCUUGGGGGGGUGGGGGGGGGGAAGCAGGGCGCGGUCCGCAUGGUCGCGCGGUAUAAAGAACGCGCGCAUGCGCGAGCAACGGCCUGUGCAGGCAGCAAUGGGUUUGCAGAUGUCGGUGCGAGCUGGGAGAAGCAGUCAGCGGAAGGAGCGGACUCUGGAUGGGGAUGUCAGUGGGGACUUAUUGGGAGACAGCGACGACCGACAGGAAGAUAUAGCACGUUUUCCUUACGUGGAGUUCACCGGCAAGGAUAGUGUCACUUGCCCGACGUGCCAGGGCACCGGCCGCAUCCCUAAAGGGCAGAUAAAUGAAUUGGUGGCUUUGAUACCAUACAGUGACCAGAGGUUGCAGCCACAAAGAACGAAAUUGUACGUCUUCAUAUCCAUAUUCCUGUGCCUAUUCGUAUCUGGGCUGGUUGUCUUUUUCUUGUUCCCUCGGUCAGUGGCAGUGAAUGAUGAUGGAAUCAGAGUGGUUAUUGUAAGGUUUGACUCCAAUAACUCCAGAGUCAUCAUUGAUAUGACGAGCACACUCAACAUUAGUAACUCCAAUUUUUAUACUGUUUCUGUGGAUACACUUACCAGUCAAGUCCAGUACAUGAAAACUGUGAUUGGAACAAAGCAGUUGAAUAAUGUUUCAGUUAUACCACCUCUAAGUGAGAAACAGGUUAACUACACUGUUCAAAUGGAAUUUAGUGGACCUCUAACAUACGUGUAUACUUUUUGCACAAUGCCAUCAAUCAAGGUCCAUAAUAUUGUUGUCUUCAUGCAGACCACAGUGAAAAGCUCUUACUUGGGACAUCCAUCGCAGAACUCUUUGGAAGCAUACCGCUAUUUGGAUUGUGGGUCCAAUUCUACAGCAUACAGGAGACCCCCUUUGAACCACUGAGAUUUGUAGCAGUUUAUUCUCCACUUGAGCUCCUCUCCCUUUUUCCCCUCCAUAUCCUCAAUGUUUCAAAGUAACUUGUAUUCAUUUAACACUGGGCUGCUCUCUGUGGUGGAAAAUCUGGAGGGUCUAUUUCUGCAUUUUUUGUUAUAGUGCCUGUAUCCAAGUAUUUAAUUUAUAGUAGUUUUAUCAAAUGAUAUCCAAGAAUACAGCUUUUCAACCUGAUGACCACUGUACCUUAAUCCUCCUGAAGAAAGCUUUUUAACAAUAGACCCAUCAGAGCCCAUUCUGUUCCAUGCAGUAAAUAGUCACCUAAAACUAUCUGUAGCACAAUCAAGCACUGAAAUUAAAAAUCCCAGGACCAGCCUAUGACCCUGGAUGCUUUCUCAACCCUUGUGACCCCAGUACACUAGCUCCUGAAUUGCAUGUGCACUUUAGCCCUAACCUGGUCACUUCUUUCUAUGACCCUUUUUGUAUCUUGAAUUUGAGUCUUCUAGUGUUCUUAACUCUGGUCCUGGUCUUUUUUUCCCUUUUCCCACUUGUAUACGUGUUUUAAAUGCACUUGGCCAUUGAAAUGCAGCCAAUUUUCUUUUAAGAACACCAGUCCACAUUAAAGACUUGCAUCAAAGUUAUUACUAAUAGUGUUUUGUUGUUUCACCAGUAAACAUUCAAAUUGAACAUUUAACCAGAGUAUAAAGAAUUGUAAGUCACUUUUUAAACCCAACUAUGUAGCAGUUAACAUGACCACGUAGGAGAAUCUAGUCCUCCACCUAUAUGUUAAGUUGCAUUGAGCUUUACUACCACAGCAGUCACUUUCUAACAUGCUUUAUAGAUUAACUUGUUGCAUCACUUAAACACAAUUGGAUAGUGAUGUAGCCUGUUGCAAUCUUGAUCACUUCAUUUCAAUCCCUAUAAUUAGAGAUGCAACCAAAAGAUCCUCUACUUUUUUGGGUAGGUGCAAUUGAACCUGCUGUGGCUAGUAACUGUUCAAAGCUGGUGUUUAAAUGGCUACAUAUUUUGAGUACAGAAAGGUAAAUCCCUAACUAAAGCUAGUGGAAAUGGAAGAUGAGUAGUCUUCAAACUAAGUUCAUUGGAAACCUCUGCUAUAUUUUGAAGAUGUCAUUGCCUGUCUUGCCAAUUACACCAGAUCAGAAGGGGAACUUGCAUGAAUGUUUGGUUUCCUGUGGACCAGACUAGACAAAGAAGGAAGACUGAAAGUACAUUUUUUUUAUUCUUGUGACUUAACAUGGAAAAAUUCUCAUACUGGAGAAAGUGGAUUUUAUUUUGUGGUGUAAUUUAUUCCAAGAUAUAUUUGUACUAAUAAGGGUGUUUAUAGGGUAAGAUGCACACUUAAGUGUGGGGAUGGGAAGGAGAUACCAACUUGUAAUUAAGUUCUUUCAACUUGAACUUUAGCUUGUGACUCAGCUGGGCAUUGCUUUUUUUUUAAAAACUAUUGGUCAUUGCCAAAACAUCUUGUCUGUGAUGCUCCAACCUGUCCAAUUAAGUGAGAACCAGUUCUGUGCAUGAUGUAGAACCAUCAUUGGGCAGAAGAGGGGAAACCUGGUGUUGAAAUGCCAACUUGUCUUUGUGCAAAUGUGAUGUGAUCAUGAGUUUAUCUUGGUUAAGUGGUGCAGAACAAGGGGAAAACAAAACCUAAGCCAGUUCAGUGACUUGGACUUAAUUCCCUGCUUGUUCUUUCUGGCAGGUUACUGAAGAAUUGUACCUUUUCUUGCCAGGUUAGAAUUGAUCUUUUCUUAACUGGCAACCUGACUUUGCCAAUAAUUGUCAUGCCUCUUCAAACCAAUUUUUGCAACACUUUCUCCAGGAACUGUGGGGUUUGCACUUGUCCAUCAGUUCUGGCAUUCUACCAAUGAAGAGCUAAUGGGACAGCUGCUUAAAAUUGGGUUCUAUAAUCCUCUGCCAUUUGCAAUUUCAAAAUGUACAGAACUUCUGCUUUUGUGGUCAGUGUUGGAGGCUGCCUUCACUCAAAAUAUGCAUUGGUUGCAGUUUGAGGGAAAAAUUGACAGUAUUAAACUAGAGCCUUGUGAGGUUUCAGGUUUCAUGAUCCUUGGUUCAUCCAAUUCUCAACAUCUACCCCCCCACCCCCCACCCGUUACUGCUAGAAGGAUGGAUGGCUUUCUGUGAGAACUACAGCCCAUCCUUUUAUAGACUUUUGUUGGAAUGACUGUUUUUAAUUCUGCUUACAAAAAUGGAUCUUGUAUUUAAUCAUGUUUCAUACUGGAUUGUUUUCUUUCCAAGGGAAAGGACAGAAGGCCUGACCAGGCUGGAAUGUCUUUAGCACUGAGCUGAUGUGCAUUGUUUAAAUGUAAUGCUGUCAGUUACUAGCACUUUUUCCAAAUAAAUGUUGACUAAGGGACUAGUGUACUGACUUCUAUAAUUUUCAGUGAUGUGAAGUACUGCUUUGGCCUUUUUUUUUAAAUGUCUCACUAUUGCACCGUUGAACAAUUGCUAAUCUGGCACCAUGCUGUGACCAUGUAAGCUUUCUAAUGAGCUAUUAAAGUAAUCAACUGGAAACUUUGCGCAAAGAUUCAUUCAUAGCUGGGCUGCUUAUGGUUGCUACAUAAUUUUAUGGGACUUGUUUCACCCUGUAUGCAAACGCCCACUCAGUCUUGCAUCUCUGGCCUAUGCCCAUGUUUUACUAAUGUGUUCAUACAUCAGUCAGGAUGUGAAACUUUCACCCUAAUGUUUUUAAAAAUCAUGUUUAAUAGAAAAUCAGAUGAAGCAAGUAAUCAAACAGUGCUAUCUGGUUAAGCCUAGGACAUUCCCAUGAGCUAGCUUACUGAAUUGUACUUCAGAACCUGAACCUUAAACUGCUUUGAUUCUGAUCUCUCUAAUUCUGUCCUUGAUCUCUUGCAUUUUUUUUAAUCCUACAUCAUGAAAAAGUUCCUUAUAGAAAAGUGUCACACUUACCUACUGCAACUUUGUUAAAUAAGCUUGUGCACUUGCAGCGCAAAAUGCAGUUAUUCAUCAUUCCAAGCAGGCAAGGUGGGGACAGCUCUUGCCCCCAUAUUUGACUACUUUAGCAGUCAUGUAGAACAUUUUCACUUUU